ACACGUAGUGGUAGCCCGCCGGUGUCCACGUCCUGAAUUCGACUCCCGGAUCGAGAAUAUUCUUUUGAAAUUUUGGAAAUUCAAAGCGGAUAAAGAUGGCACCACCAUUAGUAGUGGAAGAUAGGCUGACGUCAGGACACCGGCUGUCUCACCCCCCGCCCGGCGAUGAGGUCUACAUAACGGGGGUGUCGGGGUACUUCCCUGACUCUGACUCCGUUAUGCACCUUCAGGAAAACCUUUUUAAUAAGGUGGAUUUAAUUUCCGGAGAUGCGCGUCGAUGGAAGCUGGCCCACCCCGAGAUCCCUCAGCGAACCGGCAAAAUCAACCACGUGAAUAAAUUCGACGCUUCAUUCUUUGGGGUCCACUACAAACAGGCACACACCAUGGAUCCCAUGUGCAGGAUCCUGCUAGAGAAGGCUUACGAGGCUGUUAUUGAUGCAGGUAUGAACCCAAAAGAACUGCGAGACACAAAAACUGGAGUAUUCAUCGGGGCGUGUUUCUCGGAAUCUGAAAAGACAUGGUUCUAUGAGAAAAUGCAGGUUAACGGCUUCGGUAUUACCGGAUGUUCGCGUGCCAUGUUGGCGAACAGGAUUUCUUAUUGGCUCGGUGUCACUGGCCCAUCUUACACCGUCGACUCGGCUUGUUCAAGUUCUUUAUAUGCACUAGAGCAUGCAUUCAGGGCUAUAAGAGAUGGGCACUGCGAUGCCGCUAUCGUCGGUGGCUCAAACCUUUGUCUUCAUCCUUAUGUGUCCCUGCAGUUUUCUAGGCUGGGAGUGCUAUCGCCAGACGGAAGAUGCAAAAGUUUUGACAACAGCGCCAACGGGUACGCUCGUUCUGAAGCCAUCGUGGUCUGUUUCUUGCAGAAGGCUAAGGAUUCCAGAAGGGUAUAUGCUCAACUCCUCCACGCUAAGACGAACUGCGACGGCUACAAGGCACAAGGUAUCACCUACCCCGCCGGUCAGAUUCAGAAGCUACUCCUCAGAGAGUUCUACGAGGAAUGCUCCAUCCCACCAUCGAUUUUGGAGUAUGUAGAAGCGCACGGCACGGGUACUCGAGUUGGUGAUCCGGAAGAAUUAUUGGCGAUUGACGAGGUCUUCUGUACGGGCCGUUCUGGGCCGUUACUUAUCGGGUCAAUUAAGUCCAAUUUGGGACACAGCGAGCCUGCGUCCGGACUUUGUUCUAUUGCAAAGAUGUGCAUAGCCUAUACGACUGGUUAUAUCCCACCGAACUUGAACUACGUGGUUCCUCGUGAAGGAGUCACAUCGCUGGUGGAUGGAAGGAUGCAGGUCAUCACGGAGAAACAGCCAUGGAGCAGGGGCAUGUCUGGGGUCAACAGCUUUGGUUUUGGAGGCGCCAACGCCCAUGUACUUCUGAAGAAUGUUGCUAGGGAAAAGGUCAACAAUGGUAUGCCAGCCGACGAUCUGCCUCGUCUAGUCUGCGUGUCGGGCCGCACAGAGUCUGCCGUUGCAAAAUUCCUGGACGACUUGGAGUCGAGGACGGUGGAUGUGGAAGCGAUUCGCCUCCUACACGCCAUUCAUGAUGAAGAUAUCACUGGACAUGUUGUUAGGGGAUACACUUUAUUAGGAUCAACACCAACAAAGAGCGUACAGCUAGCUCGAGACGUGCAGUAUUUCUCGGGAGUGCGUCGGCCAGUGUGGUUCGUGUACUCUGGUAUGGGCUCUCAAUGGCCUGGCAUGGCCACUGAGCUCAUGAGGAUACCUAUUUUCGCUGCUGCUAUUGAGAAAUGCCAUAAAGCACUGGAGCCCAAGGGAAUCAACUUGACUAAGGUCAUCACUCAUCCUGACCCGAAAAUAUACGACAAUAUUCUGAAUUCCUUUAUUGGUAUUGCUGCUGUACAGAUUGGUCUUACCGACGUACUAAAAGCCAUUGGAAUCGAACCCGACUACAUUAUUGGUCACAGUGUAGGUGAACUAGGCUGCGCGUACGCAGAUGGUUGCUUCACAGCGGAGCAAAUGAUCCUUUCUGCCUACAGCCGAGGUUUAGCUUCCAUCGAAACUCCAUUCAUCAAGGGAUCCAUGGCCGCUGUGGGCUUGGGCUAUAAUCAAGUUAAAACCAUGUGCCCGCCUGAGAUCGAAGUGGCGUGCCACAACGGGCCUGACUCCAGCACCAUAUCAGGGCCUGCUGACGUCAUGAAGAGUUUCGUCGCGAAGCUUACUGCGCAAGGAAUCUUCGCGAAGGAAGUGCCUUGCUCGAACAUCGCUUACCAUUCUCGCUACAUUGCUGAAGCUGGUCCGAAACUCCUGAAAUACCUUACUCAAGUGAUUCCAUCGCCUAAGCCUCGUUCAGAGCGUUGGGUGUCGACCUCCGUUCCACAAGCUCAAUGGAAGGACGCUAAAGCCAAAUUAUCUUCUGCUGAGUAUCACACCAAUAAUCUCUUGAGCCCAGUACUCUUCGAAGAGACAUCCAAACUGAUCAACCACAAUGCCAUAACGAUAGAAAUCGCACCGCACGGACUGCUGCAGGCCAUCCUACGACGUUCGCUGAAAAAGGACGUUGUAAACAUACCUCUGACGCAGAAGAACCAUCAGGACAAUGUGCAGGUGUUGCUCACGGCUUUGGGCAAGUUAUACGAGACGGGUUUGAACCCGCACCUGGCCAACAUCUACCCGGCCGUGCCGUUCCCCGUGUCACAGGGGACGCCGAUGCUGUCGCAUUUAGUAGAAUGGGAGCACAGUGAAGACUGGUAUGUGACGUCAUACAAAGCGCAGGAGAAGAUGAAGUCGGGAGAGCGAACUAUCAGGAUGUCGAUUGUAGACGAAGACAGCGAGUACAUGGCUGGACACGUGGUAGAUGGUCGUAACUUGUAUCCUGCGACUGGUUACCUGGUCCUAGUAUGGGAAACCCUGGGAAUGAUGAUGGGAGAGUUGUACACGGAGGUGUCUGUUGUGUUCGAGAAUGUUCGCUUCCAGAGAGCUACUAACAUUCCCAAAGAUGGCAACUUGGAGUUCAUUAUAAUGAUACAAAAAGGCAGUGGAAACUUUGAGAUCGUAGAAAGCGGCGCCUCGAUCGUAACAGGUCGUAUCUACGCUAAGAAGAACGUUGGUCAAGACUAUAGGGUAUUACCAAAUCCCCCAGAACAAACUGGACCCAACGUCAAGCACAUGCUUACCAAGGAUUUCUACAAGGAGUUGAGACUGAGAGGAUACCAAUACAGCGGUCUCUUCCGAGGCGUCAUCGGGUGUAACAUCGAAGGUACUCGCGGCCGCGUCGCCUGGGUUAACAACUGGGUUACCUUCAUGGAUUGCAUGCUGCAACUUAAGAUUAUCGGCCAGGACACCCGAGGGCUCUUCGUUCCCACCAGGAUUGAGAAACUCUCCAUCGAUGCCAACAUGCAUUACUAUGCGAUAUCGAAGAUGAACCCUGAUUCCACCAGGAACUCUUUCGAGGCCCGAGUUUAUCCCGAUGUUGAAGUUAUCAGGGCUGGAGGUGUAGAGAUCCGUGGUCUUCAUGCCACCCCUAUCACCAGGAGGGUGCCGCUCGGUGUUCCAGUUCUGGAAAAGAAUGAGUUCAUUCCAAACUUUGGAAAGAGGAAGAUGAAGACGGAAGAUAUCCUCAGGGCCAACAUCCAGCUAAUCCUCGAAAACAUUCAGACUUACAAAGUCAAGAGCAUAGAGUACGUCGACGAAGAAUAUAAAAAGAAUAACUUCGAACCACUAUUGGAACAAGUCGCUGAGAUUUUGGGUGAUUUGCCUUUGGUACAAGCUGAAUUACUCUUAUUAUCUGAGGAGCCUGUAGAAAUGGCUUCUAACAUCUCUGUAGAAAAUAAGAAACUUUCAACAGAGUCGAACGCUGUUAUGGUUAUCGGAGCUAAUCUUUUGAACAGACCUGAGGUGCUACAACAAGCAGUGGCAACGCUCCGUGAGAAGUGUUUCGUAAUCAGUCGUGAGAAAGAGCGUCCUGACGCCAAACUGUACGCAGAGAAAUACGACAUCAUCACCAUCCAAGACACAGGAGUUGAAUACUUGGUACUUCUUAGAAAGAGAGUCGGAGCUAGACCUGCAAAAUUCGUGAAGAUCGACUCCUCAGACUAUUCCUUCGCUUGGAUCGACAAGGUUAAAGAUGAACUCAAGGAGGGACAUAAGAUCGUAUUGUACAGUCAAGACGAGCACAUUAAUGGACUUUUGGGUCUUGUUAACUGUCUUAGAAAAGAGCCUGGUGGUGAAAUUGUUUGUGGGUUGCUCAUUGCCGAUCCUUCCGCCCCCCCUUUCAACCCCGAUUUGGACUUCUAUGAAGACCAACUGGAUAAGGAUUUGGCUAUCAACGUUUAUCAGGAUGGACAAUGGGGUACCUACCGUCAUCUUCUUCUCGGAGACUUGGAGACGGUCCGCGCCCAUCACGCCUACGUCAAUACCUUAACCAUUGGAGACUUGUCCACACUCAAAUGGAUCGAAGGUCCUCUGAGGGAGAACCACCAGUUUAAGAAUCCGGAGAAAAUCCUAAUACAUGUUUACUGCGCAGCGCUCAAUUUCCGUGAUGUUAUGACUGCGACUGGUCGUGUAACGGUCGACGCUGUGGCUCGUGGAAGACUUGCGCAGGAGUGCGUGCAAGGGUUCGAAAUUGUAGGCAGGACGCCAAAUGGUUCCCGUGUCAUGGGCAUGUUAAGGAGCACUGGUUUGGCCAACGUAGCUGAAGGUGACAAGGCCCUCAUGUGGGGAAUACCCGACGAAUGGAGCUUCGAAGAGGCCGCUACGGUCCCUGUUGCAUACGGAACUGUUUAUUAUGCUAUGAUAAUGGUGGGCCAGAUUGAGCGCGGCGAGUCGAUCUUGAUCCACGCCGGUUCUGGUGGUGUAGGCCAGGCUGCUAUCAACGUCGCGCUCCACCGCGGCUGUGAAGUGUUCACCACCGUCGGUACCGCUGAGAAACGGGCCUUUAUCAAGAAACUGUUCCCGCAGUUAAAAGAUAGCCACAUUGGCAACUCUCGUGACACAUCCUUCGAAGAUAUGAUCCGCAGAGAAACCAAUGGCAGGGGUGUGGACAUGGUCCUCAACUCUUUGUCAGAUGAGAAACUACAGGCGUCUGUGAGAUGUUUGGCGUACCGCGGGCGGUUCCUUGAGAUCGGCAAGUUCGACAUCAGCAACAACACUCCCAUCGGCAUGUACUUCUUCUUGAAGGAGACCUCCUUCCACGGAAUUAUGUUGGAUUACAUCUUUGACCAGAGUUUCGCGUUUAGGAAGAGGCUUCAAGAUCUUCUACUGAGUGGUAUUGAGAGUGGCGCAGUGCGUCCAUUAACUUACUGCACAUUUGAAAAGAAUGAAAUAGAAACUGCUUUCCGUUACAUGGCGGCGGGCAAACACAUCGGCAAGGUUAUUAUCAAGAUUCGUGAGGAAGAACGCGAGAACAGGCCUGUCAGGCCAUCAUCAAUGCCACUUGAUGCUUUACCAAGGUAUAUGUGCCACGAAGAUCAUGUAUACAUAGUAGUAGGAGGCCUGGGAGGUUUUGGUCUCGAAUUGGCUGACUGGCUGAUUCUGAGAGGAGCCAGGAAAAUCCUCCUUACAUCUCGCAGAGGUGUCACCAAUGGAUAUCAAUCUUCAAGGCUUAGAGCGUGGGCUGGUUACGGAGCAGACGUCCAAAUCUCCACCCAUGACGUCACCACCGAAUCAGGAUGCGAAGAGAUGCUCAAAAUGGCCAACGCUUUGGGCAAAGUGGACGCCAUCUUUAACUUAGCUGUCAUCCUGAAGGACUCCAUAUUCCAAAACCAGACUCCUGAUACAUUCAAAACAUCGUUCGGGCCCAAAGCAAUAGCUACGAUGCAUCUUGACAAACUGUCUAAGAAGCUUUGUCCUGACUUGAAGGACUUUGUGGUGUUUUCAUCUGUGUCAUGCGGCCGUGGUAAUGCUGGUCAGACGAACUAUGGGAUGUCCAACUCUAUCAUGGAGAGGAUUUGUGAGUGGAGAAAGAAGCUUGGCUUGCCUGCCUUGGCGGUGCAGUGGGGUGCUAUUGCCGACGUCGGUCUAGUAGCAGACAUGCAAGAUGAGGACGUACAGCUGGAAAUUGGAGGCACGCUGCAACAAAGGAUAUCCUCGUGUCUACUAGCCUUAGAUAAGUUCAUGAAGCAAGACGCAGCGAUAGUGUCGUCCAUUGUCGUGGCCGAGAAGAAGGCUGGAGGCUCUGGCUGUGGAAAUAUUGUUGAUGCCGUCGCGCAAAUUAUGGGUAUUAAGGAUCUCAAGACUGUAUCACAGCAAGUGUCGCUGGCCGAACUGGGUAUGGACAGUAUGAUGGCUGUCGAAAUCAAACAGACUUUGGAGAGAGAAUUUGAAAUCUUCCUUACUGCGCAAGACAUCAGAACACUGACAUUCGCUAGGUUGGUGGAACUAACCGCCCAGCGUGAAGCAGCCGCGUCAACGUCAGCAGCAAGGCCCGCUGCAGCCGAAGGUACCGCUGGUUUCCGAGUCCUCAUGAGGAACUUCGGUGAAGAAAAGCUGGUGUCGGAACCUCUUAUCUACAUGCCGACGAUGGUUUCCGACGGAGUGGAGGGAGAAGAAGCCAUCCACGUAAUGGAGCGGGUGAUGUUCAUGCUGCCAGGUUUGGAAGGAUCCGCGGCGGUCCUGGAACCCCUGUGCAAGAGGUUGAAGAUCAAGGUUUGCGUGCUGCAACUCGGAAUCGAGCAUAAACACCAGAACUUGGAGCAAAUGGUUGACCGGUUACACCAGUCGGUGAUAUCACGAUUAGCACCCGGUGCUUCGUUCUGGCUCCUGGGAUAUAGUUUUGGAUCUCUACUGGCCUUGGAAUUGGCAGCAAAAUUGGAAAGCGAAGGUUUCAAAGGUCACGUAUUCUGCCUCGACGGAGCUCCGGAAUUCCUUUACGCCAUCUUGACGAUGACAAUAACCUUCAAAAACGAUGUCCAACUCCAAAACAGCCUCCUGUGCCAUACCAUCGACAUUGUAUCUCCCAAUAACAACAUCACACCUGUUCUAAUGGAGAAACUCAAUGAAAUAGAAUCCUAUGAAGAGAAAGUUGAAUUAGCUAUUAAGAUGUCACCAAUUCAAACGAAAUACUCUAACAAGUUCAUAGCUGAUAUGGCAAUGUGCAGUUUCGAUCGUCUCAAAAUCGUUCUGAAUUACAACAGCAAAAGCAUCAAGAAGUUGAAGUCCCCAAUCAUGCUUUUGCGGCCUAAAGAGAAUCCUCCUCAUGUUGUGUGUGAAGAAAACUAUGGGUUAGACAAAUAUACCGAUAGUGGCUUAACUGUACACUUCUUGGAAGGUACUCAUGUUAGCAUAAUUGAGAAUAAGGACUGUGCCAAUAUCAUCAACAGAGUGUUAGCGGAGUCUGAGGGAGGGCAAAAAGGCAAAACAACUGAAAAUAUUGUUACCAGCAUCGUUGAAAAUCAAAGGGAGGUUCAGGUUUAAAACUUUCCAGAUACUUUGCUCGUUGAAAGGAAUUUGAUAUCUACUAUAUGGUAGGGGUUGAGGGUGAUUAUAGGGUAAUUUAUUGUUUGCGAAACAUUAAAAAAUAAGCGGCCGUAUUUGUUAUUUAGACAAACCAAAUAUUAAUUUAUUUAGAUUUAAUUAAUUUUAGGUUUUAUGUCAAAGAGACACCAGUACCAAACAAAAUAUUCGUUAAGUUUCGUUGUAAGAAAACUUUUGGGUUGAUUAUUAAGUAGAUAUUAAUUCGGGUUAACUUUUAACAUCUGUGGUAAUUUUAAUUUUUGCAUAUUAAAUUAUGUUCCAGUUGGGUUAGCAUAAUCUGUGUUUUUAGAAGAGUUUAUUAUAUUUAAUCUGUGAAUUAAGUUGUUAAUUGGGGGAAUUUUGAAGUAUUCACUUCAUUAAUGAGUCAAGUCGUGGUAAAUUAAGAUCGCAUUGUAUGUUUUUUUACGAUAUAAUAAGUUUUAUAUAAUUUUAGGGCCUAAUCGUUUAUUACAUUAGUUACUAGAAUUGUUGCGAAUAUUUUGGUGUUGGGAUGUCUAAAUACAUAUAUUUAUAUAAAAAUAUAUUUGUUUCAUU